GCGCGGACUCGCGCUGGGACUGACCGACUGACUGACCGACGGGCGGCCCCGGGCUGCGCGUGCUGGAAGAUGAACAGAGCAGAUUCACCAAAACCACCAGUUGCUCCCAAGCCAAAGACUGCCAGUCCCCUCACACCAGUGACAGCACCCAAAUUUCCUUCAUCACCCCGGCCCGAUAGCCUUCCCAGUCCCAACUCCAUGUCUAGGGGGCCGAAACCCCCCAUUGCCCCUAAGCCCAGGCUGGCGACCCCCAGUGAGUGGAGAGCCAGCGUGUACGUGAUCAACAGCUUGAACAAAUGCAGCAACGGGAAGGUGCUCUGUGUUGACAGGGGGCCUUACGAAGAGCGCCAGUCCAACUUGGAGUGCUCGGAGUCUGAGGCUGACGAGGAUUACAUCGUGGUCCCCAGGGCUCCACCGAAAGAGGACGAACCCAGGGACAGCAGCUGCUCUGCAGAGAGUGCUGCCAUGGCCCCUCCAGAUGCCACGGGGGAAGAGGAGUGCAGGGAGGAAGGCGAGGAGAGUGACCCAGAGGGGCUGGGAGCUGCUCCAGCUGAAGUGGUGCUGAGUAGAGAGGCUGACGGAGGCGGGGCCCCCACUCCUGAGAACGUGGAGGCAGAGGAUGGUGCCUGUGACCCUGGGGCAGAGGAGCAGACAUUGACAAGUGAGGAGGAAGAGAAGCGAGUAGAAGAGCACAACGUAUACAACCUGGAGGACAGGGGACCUUGGGAUGGAGAGGCAGUCCUCCCAAGCAAUGACGUCAUUCUCACUCACGUUGAUUUAGAGGGUCCGGAAACUCCCAGCGAGGAGCCUGGGCCCCCUGGGACACCCAGGGAGGCAGAGGAGGGUGGUGGGGAAGGCUCCACCAACACAGAACCAGGGGCUCCAGAAGAAUGUGUGGAUUCCGACAGGCCCUCUGACGGGGAUGCUGACGAUGCCAGCAAGGAACCCACAGAGAAUGAGGACUUGGCCGUGGGUGUCCAGGAGGCGGAGACAACCACUGAUAGCCCUGAAAUCUCUGAGGAGUGUGAGUGUGAAGAUGACCAUGAUGACCAGGAUGAACCACAGGACCAAAAUGAGAAAACUGGCCAAGAAGAAAUAGCAGCCGUCACCCAGGAGGUGGGAGAAGACCCCCGAGAAGGCAGAGACCUGGUGCAGGACGAACCUGCCGAGGAGAGCUGCCAGAUCAUUCCUUUCGAGAGUGACAGUGUGGAUGACUUUGUGACGUCACUCUCGGGAAGUCCCUACGAGUUCUUUCCGACCGAGAGCACCUCUUUCUGUAGCGAGAGCUGCUCUUCUUUUUCCAACUCAGCAAAAGGCUUAGAGUCCGAGCAGGAACCACAGUCAGGAGAAUGUGCAGAGCAGGGCCCCGUUGUUGGAGCUUCCUGUGUCUCUGGGGAGGGCCCCUCUGUCCCUGAGGUAGUGGUUAUGCCAGAGGAUGAGGACGCCGGGGACGAUGCACUCACCAACCCCUAUGAGAUGGGAGUUGACCUGGAGCAUGAGGCUGACCCUGGGGAAGGAGAGAAGCCGGAGACACAGGCUGCAUGUGACACGCUGAGUGGUUAUGGCAUGAAAGAAGAAAUGAACUCCGAUGCUGAGGGAGGCCUGGUCCCCCUCGACAGGAAGAACAUCAUCACGAGGGCCAGGCCCCACUCUGGGAAGGUGGCCGGCUAUGUCCCAGAAACCGUCCCAGAAGAAACCGGACCAGAAGCUGGCUCAUCAGCCAUUGGCAUUAGAGGUGCCACCAAGGAGGCGAGAAAGACAGUUCUGUCGUUGGAGGGGAAACCGCUGGAAGCCAGCAGGGCCUUGCCAGCAAAGCCCAGAGCCUUCACUUUGUACCCCCGAUCGUUCUCCGUGGAAGGCCGAGAGAUUCCGGUCUCCUUGUACCGGGAGUCGGAGGCAUCUGGCUUGGACGACCAUAGGAUCAAAAGGAAAGAUGACAACCUUUCUCUGCCCUGUGUGAUCGGCUCCUCUGGGAGCUUCUCCCAGAGGAACCAUCUCCCAUCCAGUGGCACCUCAACACCCUCUUCUGUGGUUGACAUCCCGCCCCCUUUCGACCUGGCCUGCAUCACCAAAAAGCCCAUCACAAAGAGCUCUCCCUCCCUGCUGAUCGAGAGUGAGCCCCCGGACAAGUAUACCAAGAAGAAGAAGUCAUCCUUCAAGCGGUUCCUGGCACUUACGUUUAAAAAGAAGUCCGAGAACAAAGUGCACGUGGAUGUCAAUGUGUCGUCUUCCAGGUCCUCUUCAGAAUCCAGCUACCAUGGGCCUGCCAGGCUUCUGGAAAUCGACCGCAGGAGCCUCAGCAACUCCCCGCAGCUUAAGGCUCGGACUGGCAAGCUCCGGGCUUCCGAAUCGCCCUCCUCCCUCAUCUUCUACAGGGAUGGCAAGAGGAAAGGUGUCCCCUUCAGCAGGACCGUGUCGAGAGUGGAGUCCUUCGAAGACCGCUCUCGGCCCCCCUUUCUGCCCUUGCCCCUGACCAAGCCGCGGUCCAUCUCGUUCCCUAACGCCGACACUUCAGACUAUGAGAACAUUCCAGCCAUGAACUCGGACUAUGAAAAUAUCCAGAUUCCGCCCCGGAGGCCUGCGAGGGCUGGGACAUUUACGAAGCUGUUUGAAGAUCAGAGCAGAGCCCUGUCCACAGCAAAUGAAAACGACGGCUACGUGGACAUGAGCAGCUUCAACGCCUUUGAGAGCAAACAGCAGAGUGCAGACCAAGAUGCAGAAAGCGCCUACACAGAGCCCUAUAAGGUCUGUCCCAUCUCGGCAGCGGCCCCCAAAGAGGACCUCUCAUCGGAUGAAGAGCAGGGAAGCUCAGAGGAGGAGGACAGUGCUCCAAGAGACCCCAGCCUCACCCACAAGGUAGAAGGACAGUCCAGAGCCCACGUCAUCGCACAGGAACUGCUGUCUUCAGAGAAAGCAUACGUGGAGAUGCUUCAGCACUUACAUCUGGAUUUCCACGGAGCUGUCAUGAGGGCCUUGGAUGAAAUAGACCACGAGAGCAAGGACACAUUGGCCAGGGAGGAGCUGAGGCGCGGCCUGAGUGAACUCCCAGCCAUCCGAGACCUUCACCAGGGGAUCCUGGAGGAGCUGAGGGAGAGGCUAUUGCACUGGGAGGACCAGCAGAAGGUGGCCGAUGUCUUCCUGGCCCGGGAGCAGGAGUUUGAUCACCACGCUGCUCACAUCCUGCAGUUCGACAGGUGUCUGAGUCUACUCAGUGAGAACUGCCUGCAUUCCCCCCGGCUGGCAGCUGCUGUCCGUGAGUUUGAGCAGAGUCAGCAAGGAGGUGGCCAGAACGUGAAGCACCGGCUGCUGCGGGUGGUUCAGCGCCUCUUCCAGUACCAAGUGCUCCUCACAGACUAUUUAAACAACCUUUGUCCGGACUCAGCUGAGUACGAUAACACACAGGGUGCACUGACCCUCAUCUCCAAAGUCACAGACCGCGCCAAUGACAGCAUGGAGCAAGGGGAAAACCUGCAGAAGCUGGUCCACAUUGAGCACAGUGUUCGAGGCCAAGGGGAUCUCCUCCAGCCAGGAAGGGAGUUUCUGAAGGAAGGGACACUGAUGAAAGUAACAGGGAAAAGCAGACGGCCCCGGCACCUGUUCCUGAUGAGCGAUGUGCUCCUAUACACGUAUCCCCAGAAAGAUGGGAAGUACCGGCUGAAGAACACGUUGUCAGUGGCCAGCAUGAAGGUCAGCCGCCCUGUGAUGGAGAAAGUGCCCUAUGCCCUAAAGAUUGAGACUUCCCAGUCCUGCCUGACUCUAUCUGCCAGCUCCUGUGCUGAGCGAGAUGAAUGGCACAGCUGUCUGAGUAGAGCCCUCCCUGAGGAUUACAAGGCCCAGGCUCUGGCUGCCUUUCACCACAGCGUGGAGAUACGGGAGAGGCUGGGGGUCAGCUUGGGGGAGAGGCCCCCCACCCUGGUGCCUGUCACACAUGUUAUGAUGUGCAUGAACUGUGGCUGUGACUUCUCCCUCACCCUGAGGCGUCAUCACUGCCACGCCUGUGGCAAGAUCGUGUGCCGGAAUUGUUCGAGAAACAAGUACCCCCUGAAGUACCUCAAGGACCGGAUGGCCAAGGUCUGUGAUGGCUGCUAUGGGGAGCUGAAGAAGAGGGGCGGGGAUGUCCCAGGCAUGAUGAGAGAGCGGCCCGUGAGCAUGAGCUUUCCCCUGUCCUCCCCACGCUUCUCGAGCAGUGCCUUCUCAUCCGUCUUCCACAGCAUCAACCCCUCAACCUUCAAGAAGCAGAAGAAAGUUCCUUCAGCCCUGACUGAGGUGGCUGCCUCCGGAGAGGGCUCUGCCAUCAGUGGCUAUCUCAGCCGGUGCAAGAAAGGCAAGAGGCACUGGAAGAAGCUCUGGUUCGUCAUCAAAGGCAAAGUGCUCUACACCUAUAUGGCCAGUGAGGACACAGUGGCCAUGGAGAGUAUGCCCCUGCUCGGUUUCACCAUUGCCCCAGAAAAGGAAGAGGGCAGCAGUGAAGUAGGACCUAUUUUUCACCUCUACCACAAGAAAACCCUAUUUUAUAGCUUCAAAGCAGAGGAUACCAAUUCAGCUCAGAGGUGGAUCGAGGCCAUGGAAGAUGCAAGUGUGUUAUAGCAGUUAUCAAGCAUGUGGACUCAGAAUAAACUCUUAGGUUGAUAUGUGGACCCUUCUAGAAGUCGAUCUGUGUCUCCACUCAUUGGGGCUCACAUCUGGAUUCAGCAUGGAGCCUAAUCCUUUUUUGCUGUAACCCCCUCUCUCACCUUCACAAGUGGAACCCUUAAGGAAUAUUUAUGAACCGCUCCUUUUCUGUUCUCGUGUCUUCCACCCAUCCGACUCCACCCCAACCCAGCAGAAACUAUUUCCCUACCCAGUAGUGAGUUCAAGUUUAGUAACAUGAAGACAUGGAAACAAUAGAAAAAGUACGAUGCAGUACUUAGAAAUGCAGGCUUUUUAGUGGAAACAAGCUUUUACAAUUUUUACUGGUGGUAAACAUGAUCACUUGUCAUAGCAUUGACAUCAGUGCCUCAGGUGA